CUCACACACACACUCUCACACACGCUCAAACACACACACUCUCUCUCAGCUGCAGGACCAUAAACAUCAUCGAUUAGACCUGCUGUCAAUGCUCCACACUUGGAUAUGUCGCUCAUAAUCCACAUUAUAACGACUUUGGCAGCCCUGUGGUGUCGGGUCGGGGCACAGCUGCCAGAGUUUGGGGAUGUCUGCACCGAAGGCAGCUGCUACCCGGCCACAGGUGACCUGCUGAUCGGCCGGGCGCACAAGCUCACCGCCUCCUCCACCUGCGGCCUGAGGCAGCCGGAGCGCUUCUGCAUCGUCGGACAUCUGGAGGAGGAGAAGAAAUGUUUUGUGUGCGACUCCAGGGAGAUGUACGACGAGGACGUCAACCACAUCAGCCACACCAUCGAGAACGUGGUCACCACCUUCGCCCACAACCGCCUCAAGACCUGGUGGCAGUCGGAGAACGGUGUCGAGAAUGUGACCAUUCAGCUGGACCUGGAGGCCGAGUUUCAUUUCACACACCUUAUCAUGACCUUCAAGACGUUUCGGCCGGCUGCCAUGGUGAUCGAGCGAUCGAUGGACUUUGGGAAGACGUGGCAGGUUUAUCGUUACUUUGCCUACGACUGCGAAGCAUCCUUCCCCGGCGUGUCCUCUGGGCCAUUGUUCAAAGUGGACGAAAUCCUCUGCGACUCCCGUUACUCAGACAUCGAACCAUCCACCGAGGGAGAGGUGAUAUUUCGGGUGCUGGACCCCGCCUUCAAGAUUGAGGACCCCUACAGCCUGAGGAUACAGAACAUGCUGAAGAUCACUAACCUCCGGGUGAAGUUCAUCAAGCUCCACACACUGGGCGACAACCUGCUCGACUCCCGCGACGAGGUGACAGAGAAGUACUACUACUCCCUCUACGAUUUGGUCGUCCGCGGCAACUGCUUCUGCUACGGCCACGCUUCCGAGUGCGCCCCGAUGGAUGGAGCGCCGACUGGAGCCGAGGGCAUGGUCCAUGGCCGCUGUGUAUGUAACCACAACACCGAGGGACUGAACUGUGAGCACUGUCAAGACUUUUACCAUGAUUUGCCUUGGAGACCUGCUGAGGGACGAAACACCCACGCCUGCAAGAAGUGCGAGUGCAACCACCACGCCACGUCCUGUCACUUCGACCUCGCCAUGUACAUGACCACCGGCAACAUGAGCGGAGGCGUGUGCGACGACUGUCAACACAACACGGUGGGCCGACAGUGCGAGCAGUGCGGACCCUUCUACUACCAGCACCCGAACCGAGACCUGAGGGACCCCAACGUCUGCGAGCCAUGUAACUGUGACCCGACCGGGUCUCUUGAGGGUGGACUGUGUGACCCGCGGACCGAUGUGCUAGCCGGCCUGAUCUCAGGCCAGUGUCGCUGCAAAGCCAACGUGGAGGGCGAGCGCUGCGACAACUGCAGACAGGGACACUACGGACUGGGACAGGGGCCUCACGGCUGCCUGCCGUGUACCUGUAACCCGCUGGGCACUCUGCCUGGAGGAAACUGUGAUUCAGAGACAGGAAGUUGCUUCUGCAAACGCCUUGUUGACGGACAUAACUGCGAUCAGUGUCAGCCGCAACACUGGGGUCUGUCCAAUGACAUGGACGGCUGCAGGCCAUGUGACUGCGACCAGGGUGGGGCAGUCAACAAUAACUGUGACCCUCACUCAGGACAGUGUGUGUGCAGGGAGCACAUGUUUGGACGUCGCUGCGCUCAGGUCGAGUCUGGCUUCUACUUCAUCGCUCUGGACCACUACACCUACGAGGCGGAGGACGCCAAGCACGGACCUGGUGUGACGCUGGUACCGAGGCCUUAUCCUCUGGAUCGCAGUCCUACUUGGACCGGUAUGGGCUUUGUUAACGUACCAGAAGGAGCCUACUUAGAGUUCGCCAUCAACAACAUCCCCGAGUCUAUGGACUAUGACAUGCUUAUUCGCUAUGAGCCGCAGCUGCCGGAGCAGUGGGAGCAGGUAAACAUCCGAGUGCAGCGUCCCGUCUUCAACCCUCCAAACUACUCCAGUCACUGCAGCAACUCCAUCCAGAGUGGAGACGAGCAGUCCAUCUCUCUUCCACCUGGAUCCAGACACGUGUUGCUGGUGAGGCCGAUGUGUUUCGAGGAAGGACUGAACUACACGAUCCGACUCAGUCUGCCUCUCUACUCGUCAGUCAGUGACGUCCAGAGCCCGUACACACUCAUCGACUCUUUGGUGCUAAUACCCCGGGUCAGGGAGCUGGACAUGUUCCAUGGGGUGGAAGGUGAGGGUGCGUGGGACACGUUCCAGCGCUACCGAUGUCUGGAGAGCAGCCAGAGUGUCAUCAAAAGCCCCAUGACCGACAUUUGUAACGACUACAUCUUCAGCGUCUCCGCUCUGCUGCACAAAGGAGCCAUGGCAUGUCAGUGUGACCCUCAGGGUUCGCUAAGCGCUGUGUGUGAGCCCAGUGGAGGUCAGUGCCGGUGUCGACCCAGCGUUGUCGGCAGGAACUGUGACCACUGCGCUGCGGCGACGUUCCUGUUCAGCCCCGCCGGCUGCAGACCUUGCGAGUGUGACUUUCGGGGUUCGGUCAGCGCCUUCUGCCAUGAGUCGACGGGUCAGUGUGAGUGUGUCCCGGGGGCCUCGGGGCGCCAGUGUUCCCACUGCCUGCCGGGCUUCUGGGGCUUCCCUCACUGCAGACCCUGCCAUUGUAACGGCCACAGCGAUUACUGCCACCCUCAGACUGGAGAGUGUCAGGGCUGCAGGGACUUCACCUCUGGACACCACUGUGAGAGGUGUCUGGAUGGUUACCAUGGUAACCCAGAGUUGGGUUCAGGUGGCCACUGUCGCCCCUGCAUGUGCCCCGAUGGACCGCGUAGUGGGCGGCAGUUUUCUGACAGCUGUUACCUUCUGCCUAAUACCAACCAGCUGGUGUGUGUGUGCAGCGCUGGCUACAAAGGCGCCAGGUGUGACGAGUGUGCUCCCGGUUAUUUUGGGAACCCUCUGGUGCCCGGUGGGCGCUGCAUGCCCUGCCAGUGCAACAGCAACAUCGACAUGCAAGACCCGGCGUCCUGUGACACUCGGACGGGCGCCUGCCUCAAGUGCCUGUACCACACCGAGGGCCACAGGUGUCAGCAAUGCAAACUGGGUUACUACGGCAACGCCGCCACUCAGAGCUGCAGGAAGUGUAUGUGUUACCCGAUGGGCACAGUACCUCAGGCCUGUCCAUCCCCUGAAGACUGUCAGUGCAAUCAGCAGAGCGGCCAGUGUCCCUGCCAGCCGAACGUGGUGGGACAGAACUGCGACCGCUGUGCCGUCGAUACGUGGAACAUCGCCGGCGGGACGGGCUGCCAGCGCUGCGACUGCGACCCCGUCCACUCCUUUGGCUCUUCCUGCAACGAGGUCACAGGACAGUGCUUGUGCAAACCCGGUUUUGGUGGCAGGAUGUGUCGGGAGUGCAGAGAGCUCUUCUGGGGGGAUCCUCUGGUCAAAUGUCAUGCUUGUGACUGCGAUGCUCGGGGAAUCUCCAGCGAGCAAUGCCAUCGCGCGACAGGUCAGUGUACUUGUGUGGAGGGCGCGUCCGGCCCACGGUGUGACAAGUGCGCCAGGGGCUACCAGGGUGAGUUCCCCUCCUGUGAACCCUGCCACCAGUGCUUUGCUGUCUGGGACACCAUGGUCGGCGAGCUGACCAAUCAAACUCUACGUCUGGAGGCCCAAGUGACAGAGCUCAAGAGCAGCGGGGUGACGGCGCCAUAUAAAGAAUUAGUCAGCAGCCUGGAGAGAAAUGCCAAGGCUGUCAGAGAAAUAUUAGAGAGCAACCCUGCAGCAGUGAAGCUGGAGCAGAUACAGGAUCUGAUGCAUCAGAUUACCGGCGUGAUGUCCUAUGUAACCAUAAAGCUGAACACGACGGAGGAGUCCUUGAACCUUCUCCACAGUGACGCCAACAACACCGAAGCAAACUUGGACACACUGACUGAUGAGGCCAACCAGCUGGAGCUGAGUGUCCAGGAGCUGAGACAGCAGGUGUACAACGCCAAAAACGCCAACAUCCAGGGUGCCAUGGACACCAUUUCAGCUGCACACAUGCAGUCUGCGAUGGCGGAGAUCCGCGCCAAUGCCUCCACCAGUAACCCCGGAAACACAUUGGAGCAGUCAGCCACAGUACGGAAAGCCACGGAGGACAAACUGAGCAGCAGUCAGAAGGAUUUUGACCGCAAGCAACAAAGAAACUCACAAAAGUUGGAUAAGCUGUCCACAGAGCUAGAUGAUCUUGACCUGUCACCACUUAGCAAAAAGACAUGCGGUGGUGCAGCUGAAGGCGAGAGCUGCUCCGGCUCCCCCUGCGGUGGUUUAGGUUGUGUCGGUGAGGACAAAGCACCUCACUGUGGUGGAGAAGGAUGUGAAGGCCUUGUCAUGACUUCCCAGAAUGCUCUCAAAUCAGCCAAAGACCUGGACAAGGAGAUCCUAGCAGCGAUGCAGGAGGUGGACAAGCUCUCCAGGAUGGUGUGGGAGGCCAACACCCGCGCAAAUGACGCCAAGGUGAACGCAAUGGAGGUGCUGAUCAAAUCCAACCGCAGCAAAGAGAGAGUGGAGCAGAGCAACGAGCAGCUCCGCAACCUCAUCAAAGAGAUACGAGACCUGCUCACCAAUGACAAGGCAGAUGUGGCGGUGAUUGAGGCGGUGGCCAACGAGGUGUUGACUCUGGAGAUGCCAACCUCGACGGAAAAGCUGCAGGAGCUGACGAAGGAGAUCCGGGAGAAGGUCGGCACUCUGACCAGCGUGGAGUCCAUCCUCAGUCAGAGCGCUGAUGACAUCCAGACUGCAGAGGCGCUGCUGAGACAGGCCAAGGCAGCCAGUGAGCAAGCGUCCAACAUGAAGGACACGGCAGACGUGGUGAAGGCAGCCCUGGAUGAGACUGAGCGUGCUCAGACUGUCGCCAUGGACGCCAUCCAACUGGCCCAGAACAACACUAAAGGCACCCUGGACCUGGUGAUCACUGUGGAGUCGGAGACGGCCAUGUCAGAGCUGAAGCUCAGUAACACAACCGGUCGCCUGGUUCAGCUGGAGAGGGAGGUCGGCCUGCUGAGACAGAACAGCCUGGAGGUGAACAGCAUGGCGGAGAAGGCCGACUGGAUCACCGACCAGGCCAGACUGAACGCAGAGGAGGCUCAACAGGAGUUUGACGAGAAGGUGAAAGAUGAGUUUGAGAGGGCUGAGGACCUGGUGGAGGUUAAAGGGGAGUCGGUGCUGCAGGCGAGGAGGAAGGCGGAUGAACUGCAGAAGGAGGCCAAAGAGCUGCUCGCCCAGAGCAGCAGCAAGCUGCAGAGACUCGGAGAGUUGGAGAGCUCCUACGAGUCCAACCAGCGCAUCCUGGAGGCCAAAGCGGCAGAGCUGGCCGAGUUGGAGCAAACCAUCCGCCGGAUCCUGGAGGAGAUCAGCCAAAAAGUGACGCUGUACAGCACCUGUCUGUGAGGGACCACCUCAAAGCUCUUCACAGUCCUCAAGUGUACUGGGUGGGAAGUUAAAAAGGUGUACAAUGUUUUUAUAAACACUGCUCCCCAGAUGAUUCCAGAUUAUAGCUAUUAGGACCAAACACUGUAAUAUGUUUCACACCGUCGGUGCCAAAAAGUCUCGAUUGUGUGUGAGCCAACAACUUAACACCCAAGUGUUAUCGGGCAGCUGUGCCAAUAAGUGUUUUAACAAUGAAAACAAGCUGCCAAAGACCAUUAAAGUAUUGAAGUAACGAGUCCCCAAAGGAAACCACUAAAAGCCAAUGUGACCUCAGUGCUCGAAACCAAGAAUGUGUAGAGAACGUACAACCAUUCAGCUGUAUGGGACCCUACGAUCUGUGUAUUUAAAUAUGUAACUGAACAUUUUUGAUAGAAAUAUUGAAGUUUUAUAUGUACUUAAUAAGCCCAAAGAUAUGGAACACUAUCUGGACCAAAAAGCCUUCUGUGAUUGGUUCUGUGACUAAAGACGAAUAUUAAAAAUUUUGAUCCAUCCAA